AUGCCUUCAACAUUAGAAACACCUGUCCUCCAGGUGGACGCUAAUGUGAUCCACAAGGUCGACACUUCAAAUCCGCAGAACUUGUUCAGCAUGUGGACAGUAUUUGCAAGAUGCGCCGACUCUGUUCACCAGGGCCGCAGACUAGAAAACCUCAGCUGGAGAUUGUGGACGAGGGAAACGUUCUGCUGCGAAGGCGGUAAUGGCCCUGCCACCGCUCCUGCAGCCACCAGUCUCCCCAGGGAUAUUCAGCAGCCGCGCCGGUCCUCCGCAGAGGACAUGCCUCAACUAUCUGGCAGCCUCGACUCCGUUGAGGAGGAGGAGGCCGUCGAGUUCUCUUCAGAUGCCGCCCCUGUCGACAUUCUGCGACCGAGGAUACGGAGGCAAGAUUCCUGCGCUAGUAGUCGAAGCCGAGGUCGAGAACGCCACAUCACCUCCGACGACCUGGAGAAGAUGGUAGUGUCAAUUGUCGAGCAAAAGGAGCCUUUCACAGCUCCUCUCCCAGACAUCACCCCGUCCUAUCCGACUCCCGAGACUGAGAAGGUGCUGGAAACCCCACCUACACUGGAACGGUCUGGUUCUACUACCACCGAAUCACCCUGCAAGACCUCCGACACGCCCUCAGAGUCUUCUCAGCAGCCAGACUCCCCAGAGCUGCCCACUUCACAGAGCCGUACCACCAUCGUCCGUGGGUUUUCACCCUCUCAGCUACCUCCUGCUCAGGCCUUUACAACCAUCUCCAAGCCAGCGGCAUCGGAUGUCAUCCCCGAGCCGAGCUCUUCACCUGCUGCGAAGUUUGUCCAGCCCAAGAAGACCGGAGCCAAGUUUGCUCUUGGCGGCUCUUCUGGAUCUGGAGAGGAAUCAUACAGCGACCACGCCCACAGCCUGGAGGUGCAACGCCGAUUACCUGUUCCUCAGCCUCAACCGAAGAGGAAGAUGUUCCAGGUUGGUGGCUCAUCAGAGGAGGACAGCUCUCUCAGGAGCGCUCUGGCUUCGUCUCAUCGCAGCUCUCUGCUAAACGCUCAGAAGAAGCAAACCUCGUUUGCUAACCAGGUCAUCACUCGAACCAUUCCGUCAGCUGUCAUUGACGAGGACAACUCUGACGACUAUGUUGAUGAGAGCGCGAUCGACGAUGAUGACGACUCUUCUGACUGGGAAGAUUCCAUUGAGGAUAGCGGCAAGUCCAGCAUUGACGAGAAGACGUUCUUCCAGCGCGUCGACUCGAAGCCCAACUUGACUUCCCGCCGAUCUCUGAUCACCCUCAUGCUAGAGCAGGGUGAUCGCUCCAAGAAGCUCGGUAACACAGCAUCGCAGUCCACUUCCGCUCUCCACGGCCCCAGAUCCUCGCUGCACCGCCCUACACUGGUAGCUUCGCCCAAUGACUCUGAUGAGGCUCCUCUCAUGAUGAAGAGAGGCAUGCGCCAGGCACCGCUGCGACCUAUCAACGAGGUCCCGCGAUCUGCUGCACAGCCCAUCAUGACAACCACCAACAACAUUGGACACCAGGCCGCGCUGUCCCCGCGCACCACUCGCCGCAACAUGCUCUCCACUGAGCUAACCGAAUCGCUUCGCCGUCAUCUCGUCUGGGAGCGCUCGCAGAAAUCGUCGACAGCAAAUGCUGUCCUCAAGCGUCGCCACACCUCCCACGAUGUCGCCAACCUCAAGCAGUAUCCCGAGGUGCCCUACAUGAACAGAGCUGACAACGACGUCAACGCAAGCAGCUGGGACCAGUACUUCGCCAAGGAGGCCUUCAGUGGCUAUCACUCCAAAGGCUGGUAA